AGGCCUCCCAUUUCAGAAUUCACCGUUUUUCCAGAUCCAAUCAAUUCCAUUCUCAGAUUUGUUUUAAUUGCAUAUGCUGGAUUGACGGCGCGAAUGAAGAGAACAAUUUCAGUUCAGUUUUAUACAGUGAGAGACUGAGAGAUUCGAGUCGUUUUCAACCCUUGUUUUGGAGUGGAAAUUGUGGUUUGUGAGGGUAAAAAGAAGGAAUGAUGGGCCGGUCUUCGGGUUGGGCACCAAGGAAUGCUGGUGGUUUUAGGGCGGAUAAUUUAGGCCAAGAUGCACUGUCUAUGAUAAGGAACCUCGGUUUUGCGGUAUUUGUGAUCGGGGUGCUGAUUUUUACUAUAAUUGCGGCGACCUAUCAACCUGAAGACCCACUGUUUCAUCCAUCUGCUAAGAUGACAAAUUUUCUGACUUCAAGGUCCAAUGCCACAUUCAAAGCCGAUGACACUGUGGUGAGGACCGGGGAAGACUUCAUUGCUUCAAACCAGAUCGCAUUUUCCAGCUUUAUUAACCUUACAGAUGUUGAAAUUGCAGUUCCUAUUCUUGAAACUGGCAAUGAUCUUGAGUGCCAAGGGAAAACCGAUGAUCCCAUCGACUGUAGGGACCCGGACGUGUUCCAUUUGUUGAUGAAAGCUACUAUUGAGAAAUUUCCAGAUGCACACUUUUACAAGUUUGGGAAACCCGUCCUCGGCUCGAAUGAAAGCACCUGUCACAUGGCGUGGCGGUUCAGGCCCAAGGAAGGAAAGACUGCUGCCUUUUAUAAAGAUUACAGAAGUUUUGUCAUCUCUAGGUCAGAGAAUUGCACACUCAGUGUGGUUGGGAUUGGGGAGUAUCAUUCUGGAGGGAAUGCCAGGAAGAGGAAGAGAAACCACAAGGUAGGACCAGAUAAAACAGGAAAGUCUGACGAAGGGUUUGAGAAGGUGCCGAGUGAGACAGUGGCGAGCCAGGGGAGCAUUGCCCUGCCCGUGGUCGGGGAAGCCGUGAACGACUCCCUUCCCAUUGUGGAAUCAGAAUCUUCGUUUCGGCGGGGAAAGUAUCUGUUUUAUUCCGGCGGGGGCGAUAGGUGCAAGAGCAUGAACCAUUACUUGUGGAGCUUCAUGUGUGCGUUGGGAGAAGCCCAGUAUUUGAACCGGACCUUGGUGAUGGAUCUAAGUAUAUGUCUCAACAAGAUGUACACCUCGUCCGGCCAAGAUGAGGAAGGGAAGGAUUUCAGGUUUUAUUUCGAUUUCGAGCACUUGAAGGAUUCGGCGUCUGUACUUGACCAGACUCAGUUCUGGGAGGACUGGAACAAGUGGCACCAGAAAGAUGGGUUGACCCUCCAUCUCGUGGAGGACUUCAAGGUUACUCCGAUGAAGUUAGCCGGUCUGAGGGAUGCUUUGAUAGUUCGCAAGUUCGGGAGCGUGGAACCGGACAACUACUGGUACAGGGUGUGCGAGGGUGAGACCGAGUCGGUCGUUCAACGGCCGUGGCACCUGGUGUGGAAAUCAAGGAGGUUGAUGGACAUAGUUUCCGCAAUCGCGUCUAGAUUGAAUUGGGAUUACGACUCCGUCCAUAUCGUGAGAGGCGAGAAGGCGAGAAACGAGAAAAUGUGGCCGAACCUCCGGCGGGACACCUCGCCGGAGGCCGUCCUCUCGUCAUUGAAGGAUAAGAUCGAAGAGGGGAGGAACUUGUACGUGGCGACCGACGAGGGCGACGUGUCGUUCUUCGACCCGCUCAAGGACAAGUACUCGACGCAUUUUCUCGACGAGUACCGGGACCUUUGGGACGAGAAGAGCGAGUGGUGGUCGGAGACGGCGGCAAAGCUCAACCGCGGGAACCCCGUGGAGUUCGACGGGUACAUGAGGGCAUCCGUCGAUACGGAGGUUUUCUUGAGGGGCAAGAAACAGGUUGAGACGUUCAACGACCUCACCACGGACUGCAAGGACGGGGUUAACACGUGUUGAGACCCCCGUCGCCCCCCGCCUCCCGAAAGUUUGUACUCUUCUGGUGCCCUCUCUCCGUGUUGUGUUGGUCCAAAAUCUCAGUAACUCUGCAGGGAAAGUUUUUACUAUCUGUUUGGCCACUUUGGCAUGGCAGUUCAUAGAGCAUCUGAAGCUUCUCCCCUUUCCAAACAGGAUAUAAGCUUCAGUGUUUCACUUACAUCUGCAUUUGUAGCCUCUGUUAAUCUUAUUUUAUUUUUGCAUAUUUCCUUAUUUGCUCUUGAACUAUCUUUCAUGUGAGAAAAUGGAGUAGAAAUUACUACUUGCUAAAAUAAGUUGAGGGUAAUGUUAGAAACUGUACAUGAAAGCACACUGUCAAGCCAAGUGUGAGAGACAGUAUUAUCCAUUUGGGUUUGUACUUAGGUUCGAUUCCCAGUGGAGGUGUUCGGACAACACUAUAUUGCACUUAAGUGAAUAGCACUAAAAAAUUGGAUGGAGUAUUUACUUUUGAACAUUUUUAUUAAAUUCUAUCAAGUGUCAUCUCUGGUGUCAAUGUAGCUGGAUUCUUAAUCCAUAUCCUGGGCAUGGGUAUAUUGCAAUUUUCUUUUAGUAUGUUUUAAGUAGACCUACAAAGUGUUAUGAUUUCAUUCUUUGUUUUGAAUAAUGCGUUUAUCACUUG